AUGUGGUAUGGGGGCAAAUUGUCCGUUCUUACACCGGAACUAGUUUGCAUGGAGGAUCUCAUUCGACGUAGCCGUAAAUGGAAGUACUUUAUUAACCUGACAGGUCAGGAGUUUCCCCUCAAGUCGAACUUCGAAUUGGUACAAAUUCUGACAGCUUUCAACGGAACAAACGACGUAGAACAUGUCACAGAGAAUUGGUCUCCCCGAUGGAAAGUGGCCGGUCCUCCACCCUUUAACAUCAAACCCGUCAAAGGGGUGGUACAUGCAGUGCUCAGUCGGGCAUUCGUGGAAUUUGCUCUUCACAAUGAGAAGGCCGUUGAAUUCUACAACUGGACGAAGAAGACUUACAUUCCAGACGAGACCUUCUUUGCCACCCUGAAUCACAAUCCAAGCCUUGGUGCACACGGGGCUUACACCGGUAAUAAGACAGCUGAAUCUUUCAUAGCAAGAUUCAAAAACAGGGGCAGCAUCCCGUGUGCUGGGAAAAGAGUAAGGGGCGUCUGUAUCAUAGGAACGGGUGACCUACCCCUGCUGGCCAGGAGCAAGAGUUUAUUUGUUAACAAACUUCAUCAAGAUUUCCAUCCAUAUGCUUACGAUUGUCUGGAAGAGUUGAUUGCUAAUCGGACCAGAGAUUAUUAUUAUGGGCGUUGGACUUUCGACACCAGCUAUUACACACAGUUGGACUUUGUGAAAAAUAAAGUUGGAUAA